ACUUCAUACAUAACUUGUAUACAUUCUUAUUGUUGAAAUGAAGUAAAUAUCUUUAAAAAUGAACUAUACAAAAGUAUUCGUUCUUUUCGGAAUUUUUUCCUUGGCCAAAUCACAAAAAAGUUUUAUGCCCAACUUGCCUUUGGGAGAAUACCGUACGGUAUUUGAAAAAAUAUACCCUUGUGAAUCGACAGCAAGCCAUUCAAUUAAAUUUGACGUUUAUUUUAGUAAAAAGACGACAAGUAAAACUGAGUUAAAAGGGAAUAUAACAUAUUUGAUACCUUUCGACGAUACUCUUACACUUGAUGCAAACGUUGCGUCAUGGAGUUUAAUUGGAGGUUGGAAACCAAAUUCAGCAGUUUAUAUAUCAAAGAAUGCAUGUAGUAGUUUGAAGAAAGUACUAGGAAAUGCUUGGUAUGCAAUGAUUAAGACUUUUAGUGUUCCCUCUACAAGUUGUCCUCUACCAGUGGGCAUAUUUACUACACCAGGACUUGACGUGAAGGAAUUAGAAGACCAUAACUCUCCUAAAGUGUAUUUUUAUGGAAAAUAUAAACUAUUGUUUAAAAUAAAAAAUGAAGCAAAAAAAGUACUCGGCUGCGGGGUUGUUGAGUUCAAUCUUGUAAGACCAUGGGAAAAACCGAUUUGAUAAAAUUAUACCUACUUAAUAAUAUAAUAUCAGUAUAAUAUUUUUCAGUAUUUGUAUUCAAUAUUCAUAAGUCAUACCUAACUAGAGACCGAAACUAUAUGCAUUUCCAUAUCCAUACUAAAUGUAUGCACAACUAUGAAGAAAAUAAUAUUUCAUAAUACUUUACCAUUUUGUUCAUUCAUAUUUAUCAACUUUUUAAAGCAUAUAAUUCCGGUCUCUAGUCAUAACCUAUCAUAUGACAUGUGCAUUAUGCAAUAUUUAUUAUUAUCUGAGUAGGUAGGUAGUAGGUACUGUAAUGUAGUUAAGGGAACCUUAUAUUAGCUAUUACUUAUUAAUAUUAUAUUAGUUAGCCAUGUGAGGAAGUAUUAUGUAUCACCUCACACUUUUAGUUAACUUUCAGUUAUUUAUUGUCAGGUUCUGUGGAGUAUUAUAAUACGCAAUUACUGAAACGGUAGGGCAAUAUUAAGCACACCAUUCAUUGUGAUACCUAUAAGUAUAAUAAAAUAUAAAUAUUAUAGGUUGUAAUUCUAAUUCAAACACACAACAAACUCAUAUACCUAUUAUUAUUAUUAUGCAAGUACCUAUACGCUACACAGAAGUUUAUUAAUUGUACACAAAAUAAAAGUAA